AGCUGUUAGUUACCUACCUACCUACCUACCUAGGUACCUAUGUACCUUUCCACGCCCGGAUUUGGGUGCGGUUGGUUGCCUUGGCGACCGAGGCUGUUGGUUUCUUGAGCCAUCACUUCCGAUUUCACCCCGCGCGAUUCCUCCGACCGCUCUGACAGCUUUUCGAUGCGCGUGUGUUGGCCCAUCGAGUGAUCCAAUGGAUACGACAAAUCCGCCCUUGCAGCCCGUCAUCCUGUCCAUGGAGGUGGACGAUGACAAUUCUUUUGCAAGCGAAUACCGACUGCGAAUCGGGAACCGGGUCAAAUAUCUCGUCAUCGCUCCCGGAACCCUUGACAGAUGCACACUUUCAUUUCCCAUCCAGUCCCUACCCCCUCUUCCAUAUCACGAGGAAUGGACCGUGGCCAACAUCUCACGAGAUAAAGCCAGCGGCGACUUGACGACCUCCCUGUUGAACCGAACCCUCGCUGGAGUCAAGUGCCAAUGGCAUCAUACCAAAGUCGAUUGCCUCGAGCUGGAGAAGACGAAACAGCUCACGGCAAUGGCUUUCGAAGCUGUCUCGCCCUCGAUCCCCCAACUCGCCUCCCCGCCACCGGCCACCGUGAUCGCCAAAAUCGCCCGUUUCGAAUGGGAACUGCCUCGCAUCGAACAAGAAACGAGGGCAUAUCAGUUGCUUGAGGGUUCCGGACUGGCCCCGCGCUUUCUGGCCCAUGUUCACGAGAAUGGACGCAUCAUGGGGUUUCUGCUGGAGAAAACUGAGGGACGCCCAGCUUCCUUCCAGGACCUGAGCACCUGUGAGACCGCUCUAGGGAAGCUCCACGAGUUAGGACUGGUACAUGGGGAUGUGAACCGGUACAACUUCCUCGUUACCGAAGCAGGGGCGAAGCUGCUCGACUUUGAAUGCCUUCAGGAGAAUGCCAACCGGGAGUUGAUGAGCAAGGAAUUGGGGAAUUUGCGUGCCGAAUUGGUCGACGAGUCGGGACGCGGCGGGGGUUUCAUUUUUCAUGGCGAUAGCAACUGAUAUUGAAGAUGGGAUGGCCUGUACAUUCCGUUCUGACGGGGGACGUGCUUGGACGAUGCUCUUCUUUUUGCACGGGUGAUCUUUUUGUCAAGGUUUUUGAUUUCCCAAAUAUUAGAUAUUAUUAUAUUAAGAUUCUAUCCCGCAUAGGGGAAAUUCUCUUUCUGCAGUUCACGACGACAA